AUGGAGAGGCUUAGAAGAAAUGAGUUGGGAAUGGACCGUAUCAGUAGCUUACCAGAUUCAGUUCUAGUCCACAUACUUUCUUUUCUGCCAACACAUGAAGCUGUGAAGACCACCUUCAUAUCAAAGAAAUGGAAAUUCCUAUGGACUCAAAUUCCUGUUCUAGACCUCGAUGAGUUCACCUUCUGUGAUGAGCGGUCUAUGGUUGAGCUGUAUAAUGCACUUGAAACGGGUAGAUACUUUCUAAGUUCUAUGAGGUUGGACAGACAAAGAAAGAGGUUUGCAGACUUUGUAGACCGAGCACUUCUGCACCAUGAUAUCGAAAGUAUACGCCAAAUUCAGCUCUCAUUUUGUUAUCAUGAGGAUUACGAGUUUACUUCUCGUGUCGAUCAGUGGAUUAGAUUCGCAAUUGCAAGCAAUGCCACUGCUCUAGAACUCAAUUUUGCAAGUAGAAGUCCUUCUCGUGAUCCACGGAUUGAAGGGUGUUAUGAAUUGCCUCAUUGUCCUCUACCUCAGUCCUUGAAGUUUCUGAGAUUGAACUUCUGUGAAUUUAGACCCUUAAGGCAUGGGAGUUUUGAUCAUCUUGAGAUUGUAGAACUACUGCAAGCAAAGUUACCGGAUGGCUCAGUUCAGGACUUGAUUUCUAACUGUCCAUGCCUAGAAAGCCUACAUUUAUUGUCCUGUUGUGUGCCUCAUCAUUUAGUUAUUUCUGCUCCAGAAUCAGAACUUAAGUGCUUAUUGUUGGAUUCAUGCUCUUCUUAUGAGAUGAAUGGAAUAGUUUACAAAUAUGAGAUAGAUGCUCCAAAGCUUCAACACUUUAAGUUUGUGGGAAUGAUGUUGCAUGAAUUUUCUGUAAAGAGAUUAAGGCAUCUAGUUGAGGCACAUCUGGAUGUCAGACAACUAAAGCCUAUACUAGUGAACUAUGUCCUCUCAUUCAAGGAUGAGAUACAUGUAAAUCAUGAAAUUGCGCUCUCCUCACUUCACAGGCUGAAUAAUCUAACAGUGCAGACAAGGCUUGACAGUUUCGAUCUCCUUGGUCUAGCAUGCUUGUUGAGGAGCUCUCCGAAUUUGGAAUUCCUUACCAUAGAUAUUGACAACCAUAAAGACCUGAAUCUGGAGUACUUGGAUCAUCCAAUGCUUCCAAAUGCUCGUCAUUUUGAUGAGAUGUCCUUCUGGGAGAACCAAUCAUCACCCUUCCAAUGCUUAGCUAAACUUGAGAAAGUCACCAUUAAUGACUUUUCAGGACAAGAUAAUGAAAUGGGGUUGGUAAAAUUUUUGCUCAAGAAUUGUCUGGUUUUGAAGGAAAUGUCUAUUAGGUAUGUGAUAUUCCAACCAGUGUCUACCAUAUCAGGAAGGGGAAUAGACAGGGAACACUUGGAAUUUUUACAAGCUCAACUAGAUAUUACUCAGGAGCUACUGACUUUCCCAAGGGUUUCUACUUGUGCUCAAGUUUUUUGCUCCUGA